CUCAUUCAUUGAUGGUAUCCGAGUCGAGUGUGUACAAUUGCAGGUGAGCUUCCAUGACUAGCUCUCGUCUACCAUUUGAGCUCUAUGUGUUUGAUAUGUGCUUCUAUGUUGCUCGUGCGUGCUUCUUUUGGUCUUGUUGUGACCUCGCUCUCUACUUCCACCAGAAAGGCCUCCCUCCUCGUGUGCAAAUGGGUUCCUCCCCGUUCAGGUCUCCAAUUUGCCCCAAUACCUCCUCCUAAUCUGCUCCAGCUCUCUUGCCACCCCAAUAACCUCCUUCAUUUCCCCAUCGAACAACCUGAGGUCCUUGACGCCUGUGCAUACCCACAGAUGUUUUGGCACAUCCUCCUCGUCGCAGUGUGGGCAGCUCAGGUUGAUAAGCCCUACUUUCGCAUCAAUCCGGUGUUUGUUCCCUGACUAGAGCAUUGCCAAGGCUUGGGCGCCUCCAAGAUCGAUUCGUGAGAUACGAUCGUUGCAUGCAUGCAGAUAAAUGUCCAUUUGAACAACAAACAAUCAUGAAUCACAAUUUUGAGUGUGAGUUAUUGACAGGAUCAUGUCUCGCCU